GUCAUUUCAUUCCUAACGUUUCCUCCAUCAUUCAACAUGCAGUCAAAAGCAUUCUCACAAAAAGAAGAAAACGAAUCGGAAUUGGAGAUUAACCGUAACAGAAUGACUUCCACAUCUUUCAACGUUGGUAUCGGCGAUGGGUCUCGCCUGUCGAGCAGGGUGCUGCGCCCCCCGGGCGGCGGACACACUGACAUCUUUGGUGGUGAGCCGGAGCCCCCGCGUACUGGCGGGCGUCGCCCCGCAAAUGCUUGUAUUGCUACCACAGCUCAAGGUCAAGGGGACGAGCCGGCGAAGCCAACGAACGGCGCAGACGCUCCGAGCCAAAACGGCCAGGCCAGUGACCCUCAGCCUAGCCCUGUGACCCCUGAAGUGACCCCUUCAGCCCCUCCUGCCCCUGUAGAAGCUAAAGAGGCAAAACCUGAUAACCCCAAGGCUGUAACCCCUACGGAAUCCUUCAAGCCUGACGCCCCCAAACGCGUCCGCGUACCCCCAGGUGGCUUUUCUUCCGGACUCUGGUAAGAUGGCAGUAUCAAAUAUUCUUCGGGACCAGACUAUCUGUUGGCGUCUUGUAUGUUUUCGUUUGGUGCUCGGUACAUUAAUAUGUUUACAUUUAUAGUUAUUAUUGACACAUAUAGUUGUUCUAAGUUCUUAUGUUGUGUAGGUACUUUAAUGUAACAUGGUACAUAAUGUGUUUUGAGUAAAAUUAAAUCUUAAAUUAGAAUGGUUUUAUGCACACACUGCAAAUUCUGGAUGGGAUGGGUUUUCGUAUUGCGUUUUUGGAUGAAAAUUAAUAUCAGGGAAAAAUAAAUAUGUAAGAUAUUCGCGUGAAGUGUUAUGGCUCCAGUACACAUUGUACCCAUAAGAUCGGUGAGUUUCGGAAAACAUUGUUAUCCCAUAAUAAAUAUUGUCAAACUCAUAUAAACCUAGCAAACUUUGUGUAACUGUUAUUACCUAAUAACAUUUACAUUGGAAGUAAGUAGUUUCAAGUGAAAAUAUAAUCCUCUGCAUUUAUUUCGGACACUUUUCGCAACAAGCCCAAAUCCUGUUGUUUUUUAUUUCAAUCCAGUCAAAGUUUGACCACACUGCCCCUAUUUCGAGUUCAAUCAAAAACUGAUCAAAAGUCAUAAAAGUCUGCCAGCAUAUAUGUAGGCUAAGUGACACGUUUUCGCCGAGUUCGUUGGGCCAAUGUAUACUGGACACUUUACAGUGUGUGCUCCAACAUUGAGUAGUUAUUUCUUUACGUGUUAUCAGAUCAAGUUUUGUUUUAAUGUUUCUGAAUAUGGAAAUUGUUUCGAUGAGUCCCAGACAUGCAUUUAUUGUAUGAAGUUUUAGAAUAAUGUUUGUAGGG